CCCUCCCCUCCGCCCGCCUCCACACUCAUCAUCUCCAUCCGCCCGUGCGCCGCUGCCGCUCCCCCCCUCCCUCCGCCUCGUCCCCCUGCGCAAGCACUCGCCGACACCCGCCCUUCAGGCGGACGUGACUUUCCUUUUCUUCCCCGCCCCUUCGCCGACCUGCGCGCCCGCCCGCCCGCCGUCAGGAGACCGACACAAUGGCGCAUCCUUUCGCCAGCUUCGGCACCUUCGACCCAGAGCCGAGGGACCAGCUCCCGGUGUUCUUUCCUCGUGGCGGGCCUGAUGACUUUCCCUCGGAUCCGGAUGUGGCCCAGGCCAGCAUGCCGCUGCUGAGUGAUGACUUCUUCAACACCGAUGCCCGGCAUCCGCCCUACGGCCCGACGUCCGAGUCGAUUUUCUCCUUCUAUCCCCCUCCGGGCUGCAUGACGGCCGAGGAGCAGGUGGUCGCCCUGCAGAAGCGCCUGACCAUUCACAAGGUCUUUCGACUGGUGUAUGUCAUUUUCCUGAUCGGCGAUACGGCCAUGAUCAUCGCCUCAUUGCUUGCUGGCCUGUCGCUACACAAUGCCGGCCUCUUGUGCCUGGUGCCGGCGAUUCUUCUCCUCUGGAUUUCUGUCACCCGCAUCGGCCAGCUGGUUCUCAUCAUCGAGCGCAUUGAGCGCAGUGGCAUGUACAUUGACACCGGCCCGGCACUGGCCGGGGGCGCCACCUCGUCGACGGCCGUGCAUCCGGUCUUCCCGGAAGCCGGGCUGCCAACGUCCGCAGGGCCUGGACCCGAUGGACACCCUCCCCCGGCCGAGGGGGCCCCCGGGCUGCAAGGAGGUCAUAUCUCCCGCAAGCUGGCCACCAUGGAUCCUGUGUUGCAACGGUAUGAGUCGCAAUUCGAGGAGGACGAGAAGGCCGCCGACGAGUAUGAGGCCUUCCGGGCGUCAGUGAGCAUGGCCGGUGCGGCCGCCGCAGCUGCCGGGGCCAGUGCAGCCACUACAGAGCCCGCCUCGCCGGCUGGAUCUGUCUCGUCCGUGCAGUCGUCCCUCUCCUCGUCCAGCCCGAAAGUCCCGCUGCUAGACGGCUCCUUGUAAUGUCCUAGCCUCCCCCCCCCCGCCUGUCCUUGAGGAAGAAUACAGUCAUGUCUUCACCGGGGUUGCC